AUGAAAAUUUAUUAUAUUGGAAUUUUAAGAAACACAACUGACAAAGCCCUAGAGCUGUGCUCUGUCAAAGAUUUGUCGCAAUUUGGGUUUUUUGAAAGGAACGGGGUGGCACAGUUUAUGACCUUCUUUUCAGAGACUGUGGCGAGUAGAACGGCCGCUGGCAAACGACAGAGCAUCGAAGAAGGUAACUACAUUGGUCAUGUGUAUAGCCGGUCCGAAGGUUGCUGUGGAGUUUUGAUUACAGACAAAGAAUACCCAGUAAGACCUGCAUACACAUUGCUAAACAAGAUUCUAGACGAAUAUCUGGUGGCACACCCACCUUCAGAAUGGAAGGAGAUUGCAGAGACAAACGAGUCUUUGAAACUGAAGGAGCUGGACCUCUACAUCACUAAAUACCAAGACCCGUCCCAAGCGGAUUCGAUCAUGCGUGUGCAACAAGAACUGGACGAAACGAAAAUCGUGUUGCACAAGACCAUUGAAUCUGUGUUGCAGAGGGGUGAAAAGUUGGACAACCUUGUCGACAAGUCCGAGAGCUUGUCCGCUAGUUCUCGCAUGUUUUACAAACAGGCGAAGAAAACCAAUUCUUGCUGUGCCAUCAUGUAG